UCAACACCGGCUAAAUGUUUUGUUUUCAUUAAAUUUCAGAAAAAAUAUAGAUAAUAGAGAUCCAUAACGAAAUAUGUCAACUAACGAGGAAAAUGAGUUGUACAUGGUCAAAGAAGCGCAAAAUCUUCGAAAAACCGACCCUUGUGCGGCUAUGGCGUGGAUAAUCACGGCUAAAACCCUAUACCCCAAUGCCUUCAACUUGCAAUACGAGGCCUACCUAUUGGAACGAGAUGGUAAAAACUACGAGGAAGCUGCGAAGUGUUUCAGCGUUAUAGCCACCAAUUUUCCAAAUCAACACACAGAAUUAUGGCAGGAGAUCAAUUCUCUAACGAAUGCCCUCAGAAAUGAGAAUGAAAGCACACCGGAACACGAGUUCUAUGUGAAAAUGUACAAACACCUUACACCCGACGUUCAGCACAAUAUAUUCAUGCACACCAUCAACCAUAGUGCCGAUAAUCUGGAGCGCGUCUAUAUCUAUAUACUGAUGUUUAAUAAGUUCCCCAAAUCGGCCAUCACACAAGCGCCCAGACUACUGGAAAUGCUGGCGGAGGGCAUGAAAACCGAUCCAGAUCUUUAUCAAAGGAUUCUGGUGGAAGAGGUCCUGCCCAUGAUCCAAACUAAGCCCCCCGAACUCUCGCCCAAUCUUGCCUGUAGGCUAUACACCAGUUCCCUGGAAUAUUACCUGCGUCAAAUCAUGGAUGAAUCGGAUUCGGCGGAUGCCUGGAAGAAUAUAUUCAAAGUUUUGAUGAUAUGCGGGCAGAUGAUGGGCUGGGAACCCUUCUUACCCUUCAGUAAACAAGUAAACCAGAAUGUUUACUGGGAAAAGUUGGUGGAUAUACUUUCUGGAAGUCCAGCGGGCAGCUCCCAGGUUUUAUUCUACGCCACCACGUUGUUUAUUUACUCCCUGCAUGGCUACAUACGGAAUUGCAAGUUAAGGAUAGAAGAUGCAGAGGUCAGUCAUGUGUUGGUAGAAGGAUUCAUGGAAUGGUCGCCGGAAAGUGAUGGCUCUGAAGUACCCAGCAUGGAGCCACCAAAAUUUUCCCUGACCACCCCUAUAAGUCCGGAACUAUCCAAGGCUUUCUUGCACGCCGCCCAAUGCUGGCAGCUGCUGAAUACGGAUCAGUUUCAGCGGGACUUCAGUCAACUUAUGCUGGCCCUUCCUUUGGCGCCUUGGAUCUCCAGGUUCCUUUUCGACUUGGCCAUAUAUUUCGGACACCGCGAUGAGGCCAAUAAGUUAAUGUCUGAAAUGACCACCCAGAGCAGCCUCGUGCAGAGUCUUCAGAUCUUGAGUCUUAAUUUGAUGCAGGGGAGCAUGACACUCCAGGGCUUCCAGUGUAUUUUAAAGAUCCUAUCCGAACUGCCAGCAACCCAGGGCCAACUUCUAGAGAACAUGUCUCUCAAAGGACACCGACAUAUGGUUUUCCUGCCCCUCACUCGAUCCGCGUUAGUACAGUAUUGCGUAGGAGCCAUUAUAAGCAGAAUGAGCCGAAAAGUUUACGAACCCAACUGCCCAGAUAGAUUACUCGGCGAUCUCCUAGUGCUUCAACAACUGAAUCUCCUGAACGAUGUCCUGCUCACCCAACAAAUUUUCAGCAUGAUUAAGCAACGCAAGUCGUUCAAUCUACGCACCCUAUCCACGUAUAUAAUUGCCAUUGAUUUGAUUGAGGAACUCUCGCACAUUUGGAACUCCCAGCAGGAAGACAACUUUGAGUUGACCAGUUCACCAAUUUCCAGUGGCACACCGACUUCUACAAGCGCAACUGGUGGUUCACAAAGCCGAAGAAUUGGUACACGCGGAGCAGACAAAGGAGCCAGGGAUGAGUUUAAGGCAAUUACUCGCCAACAAAUUGCCCGCUGCAAUGAGAAUAUGAUCACUUUGCUGGCGAAUUUCAUAACUCAGGAACAUCUUAUGCUGGCGCAACACAUAUUCGGAAUCAGCCAGCCUGUGGAGACGAUUGUGAUUAAGUGAGGAAUGUAAACUUAAGGUGGGUCUUUCUUGGAGGGGUUCAAACAUACAUUUAGAAACAAAAAAAAUAGUUUUAGUUUGUCCUUUUAACGUUUAAUUCAUACGCAU